GUGCCCGGGGCUGCCAUGCCAUCGGUCUCGCUGAGCCUGCCGGGGGCCAGAACUGGCGACAGGAUGACCUGGGUUUGCUUGUCCUGCAUGCUCUGGCCUGAGGACCUGGAGGCCCCCUCCUCCCACACGUUUAAGGUGAAGAGCUUCAAGAGGGUGAAGCCAUGUGGGAUCUGCGGGCAGGCGAUCAUGCAGGAGGGCAGCACCUGCCGAGGGUGCAAGCUGUCCUGUCACAGGAAAUGCGAAGCCAAGGCAGCUACCCCGUGUGCGCCUCCCGUCAACUCUGAGCUGCCGGCCAACGGGGAGAGCACCGCCAAGCAUGUAAACGCCACAGAAUCCACAAAAUCCUCCAAAAGUGCCCAGCCACGAGGCAGACCUUCCAGGAGCGUGAGCGUGGCCCAGACCAUGGAGGACACCUGCGCGCUGGACCUGGUGUACAUCACCGAGCGGAUCAUCGCCGUCUCCUACCCCAGCUCGGCCGAGGAGCAGAACUUCCGCAGCAACCUCAAGGAGGUGGCCCAGAUGCUCAAGUCCAAGCAUGGAGAUAACUACCUGCUUUUCAAUCUGUCCGAGCGCAGACACGACAUCAGCAAGCUGCACUCCAGGGUGCUGGAUUUCGGGUGGCCCGACCUGCAUACGCCUGCCCUGGAGAAGAUCUGCAGCAUCUGCAAGGCCAUGGACACGUGGCUGAGCGCCGAGCCCCACAACGUGGUCGUGCUCCACAACAAGGGAAACCGAGGCCGGAUGGGAGUCGUGGUGGCCGCCUACAUGCACUACAGCAACAUUUCAGCCAGUGCGGACCAGGCCCUGGACAGGUUUGCCAUGAAGAGGUUCUACGAGGACAAGGUGCUGCCAGUCGGGCAGCCCUCGCAGAAGAGGUAUGUCCAUUACUUCAGCGGCCUGCUGUCCGGCACCAUCAAAAUGAACAACAAGCCCUUGUUCCUGCACCAUGUCAUCAUGCACGGGAUCCCCAACUUCGAGUCCAAAGGUGGUUGCCGGCCCUUCCUGAAGAUCUACCAGGCCAUGCAGCCGGUGUACACGUCCGGGAUCUACAACGUGCAAGGAGACAGCCAGACCAGCAUCUGCAUCACCAUCGAGCCCGGACUGCUCCUGAAGGGAGAUAUCCUGCUGAAAUGCUACCACAAGAAGUUCCGCAGCCCGACCCGAGACGUCAUUUUCCGGGUGCAGUUCCACACGUGCGCCAUCCAUGACCUCGGCAUUGUCUUUGGGAAGGAGGACCUGGACGAAGCCUUUAAAGAUGACCGGUUUCCGGAGUACGGGAAGGUGGAGUUUGUGUUCUCAUAUGGCCCCGAGAAGAUCCAAGGGAUGGAACAUCUGGAGAACGGCCCCAGUGUCUCCGUGGAUUACAACACCUCAGACCCUCUCAUCCGCUGGGACUCCUACGACAACUUCAGCGUCCGCCGGGAGGACAGCAUGGAGGGUACUUGGGCUGGUCCCCACCAGGUCCACAAAGCUCCGGACACAGAGCUUGGGCACACCCAGGGGCCGCUGGACGGGAGCCUCUACGCCAAAGUGAAGAAGAAAGACUCCCUCCACGGUAGCACCGGAGCCGUCAACGCCAGCCGCGCCCCCCUCUCCGCGGCACCCAACCACCUUGAGCACACGCUCUCCGUCAGCAGUGACUCGGGCAACUCCACCGCUACCGACAAGACCGACGAGCAGGCGGCGCCUGGUGGUGGCCCCCCGGCGCUGACCCCAGAGGAGAAGCGAGAGCUCGAACGCCUCUUGAGCGGCUUCGGCUUGGAGAGUGAAGCCCCCAUGCACAACCGCCACCCAGGGGCGGCGCCGGCCGGCGGCUCUGCCCUCACGGGGCGCCAUGUGGUGCCAGCCCAGAUACACGUCAACGGGAGCGCCGGCACCCUGGUGGCCGAGCGGGAGACGGACAUCCUGGAUGAUGACCUGCCCAACCAGGACGGGCACAGCGUCGGCAGCCUGGGCACCCUCUCCUCCUGCGACGGCACCACCAACGCCAGCGAGGUCGGCUACCAGGAGGUGCCUCGGAUGGAGAGCCUCUCCUCCUUGCCCAACGGCCCGUCCAGCUUUGACGGCGCAGACAAGCUGCACAAGGAGGGGCUGUAUGACUCGGAGCCGCUGAUCAAUGGGGGGUACCCGUACAACAACCAGAACACGCUGCAGAGCAUGAUGGGGCGACACCCCCAGCCCCUGCUGAGCCAGAUCCGGCCCUCGGUGUCUGCGCAGGAGAACCUGUCCGACUACCGGCAGCAGCAACCUGGCUUCCCUGAGCCCGGCUGGCUGCAGCCCCGGCCGCCGGCAGCCACGCAGCCCUACCUGUACGGGUUUGACUCCAACGACAUGUACCGCUCUCAGUCCUACCCAGCCACCGAGCCGGGCCUCCAGCUCCCCCAGGCGCCAGCACGGAGCUCCAGCAGCCGGGAGGCCGUGCAGAGGGGCCUCAACGCCUGGCAGCAGCAGAGCGGCAGCAGCGGCGGGAGCAGGCCACCCUCCCGCCAGCAAGACGGUGGCCUGGAAAGCCAAAGCCCUAGCGUCUCCAGUUCGAGCCCCCAGCCCAGCCCCUUGCAGGUGGCCCCCCCUCCGAGCCACAGCAUCCCUGAGUUCCCCCGGGUGGCCUCCUCGAAGGAGAUCGAGCAGUCGAUAGAAGCACUGAACAUCCUCAUGCUGGACCUGGACCCAUCUGUCUCGACACUGCACAAGUCCCAGAGCGGCCCCAUGGCCUCCACAGAGGACCAGCCCGGCCCAGUGGUCUCCUCUCUGUCUGCCCAGCCAGUGUUGGGCCUUCCUAGCCAGGCGGCCCCUCAGGUGACCCAGCCAAGACCCAGCAACGCCUUCGGAGCCAUGCCAGCGAGUGUGUCCCACAACGCCAUGGGCACUGCUGUCACCCAGCCUCCACCGGCUUCUGAACUGCUGUCCAAAGCCUAUCUGCCAGGACUGCCGGCCCAGGAGGGCCGGGGUGCUGGCGAGCCAGAGUACAUGGGGCAGGAUUUGGGGGUGUCCUACUCGCCCUACGGAUAUCAGAACCAGCAGCCGCCUGUGCCGCAGACAAGGAGCUACAGCCGCCCCCCGGGAAGCUCCCCAACCUCUCCCAUCCCUCCGGCAACAGCUUACAGCCCUGUGGGGCCUCAGCAGCCCCUGAUCAUGUCACCCCCCUCCCCCACAGCGACAGCCCAAGCCCAGAUGCCCCCAAAGGGAGUGGAGCAUCACCAAGAGCCUGCUAGACCCUUGGAAGAAGAGCCCUUGAACCUGGAAGGGCUGGUGGCCCAGAGAGUAGCAGAGUACAACGCCAAACUGCGGGGCAUCCAGCAGAGCACGAAAGCCCCCCAUCCUCCUGUGCACCGACAAAGAUCCUUCUCCUUUGCUGGGGUGGAGUCACGGGACAAGUCCCCGGAGGAGCCCGGAGUGCCGAACCGAAGACGCACAACCAGCGACGGCCAGUACGAGAACAGUCCCCAGGAGCCCGGCACGCCUCGGAGCCCCACUGCCCGGUCGCCGGUCCACAGCUUCUCACCAGAGGUGGUCAGCAGCAUCGCCGCCAACCCAGGAGGGAGGCCCAAAGAGCCUCAUCUCCACAGCUACAAGGAAGCCUUUGAAGAGCUGGAGGGGACCUCUCCAACCAGCCCACCCUCCAGCGGUGUGCGCUCCCCACCCGGCCUGGCCAAGACCCCGCUGUCUGCAUUGGGACUGAAGCCCCAUAACCCAGCCGAGAUCCUGCUGCAGCCGACGGGAGAGCUAGAUGGGGAGGCAGUAGUUGAAUCUGAUGAAGGGCCCAGGAGCUAUGUGGAGUCGGUGGCUCGCAAGGCGGCGGCGGGGGGUGGGGGGGCUCCCCAGAGUCCCCCAACUCCGCAGACCUACAGCACUGAGAUGCCGAUGAGGAAUGGGGCCUUCAUGAACUCAUUCACCUCUCCCAGCCCCAUCUCCACCAGCAGCCCCAUUCACAGCAUGGACGGGGUGUCGAUCCGCAGCUACCCGUCUGAGAGCAGUGGCCACAGCACCGCCUCACCUCCGCGGCCCUCGGCCGAGUCCAGCUUCCAGGCGCCGUCGGCACACAGCAGCUACCAAAACGCCUCGCCGGCGUCCUUCAGCCAGGGGGGCUACGCGAGCCCUGAGUACCCCGACGGCCGAGCCGGCGCUAGGCCGCAGCCCCAGGUCAGCGUGGUGGGUGUUCACGUCCUGCCGGGCAGCCCCCACACCCUUCACAGGACAGUGGCCACCAACACGCCGCCAAGCCCCGGUUUCGGGCGAAGAGCACUCGAUCCCGGCACAGCGGCUGCUCCCGGGAGCCCCAGCCUGGGCAGGCACAUCAUGUACGGCUAUUCCGCCCCAGAGGAGCAGCGUCCCACGCUGUCCCGGCAGAGCAGCGCCUCGGGGUACCAGCCCCCCUCCACCCCGUCAUUCCCCGUCUCCCCGGCCUACUAUCCCGGCCUGAGCAGCCCGCAGUCCUCCUCCCCGGACUCCGCCACCUACCGGCAGGGCAGCCCCACGCCGCAGCCGGUGCUGCCCGAGAAAAGGAGGAUGUCGGCCGGGGAGCGGUCCAACAGCUUGCCUAACUACGCCACGGUGAAUGGCAAGAUGUCCUCACCUAUCUCCAGCGGCAUGUCCAGCCCCAGCAGCGGGAGCAGCGUGGCCUACCCACACACCCUGCCUGACUUCUCCAAACUCUCGCUGCCAGACAGCAGCCCCGAGACCCGGGCCAACGUGAAGUUUGUCCAGGACACCUCCAAGUAUUGGUACAAGCCGGAGAUUUCCAGGGAGCAGGCCAUCACACUACUGAAGGACAGGGAGCCCGGAGCCUUCAUUAUCCGAGACAGCCACUCCUUCCGGGGAGCCUACGGGCUGGCCAUGAAAGUGGCCUCUCCGCCUCCCACCAUCCUGCAGCAGAACAAGAAAGGAGAUAUAACCAAUGAGCUGGUGAGGCAUUUCCUGAUCGAGACCAGCCCGCGGGGGGUGAAGCUAAAAGGAUGUCCCAACGAGCCCAACUUUGGAUGCCUAUCGGCUCUGGUGUACCAGCACUCCAUCAUCCCACUGGCCUUGCCCUGCAAGCUGGUCAUUCCCGACCGAGAUCCCACAGACAAAACGAAAGAGGCAGCCUCAGCCGCCAACUCAGCAACAGACCUGCUCAAGCAAGGAGCUGCCUGUAACGUGCUCUUCAUCAACUCAGUGGAGAUGGAGUCGCUGACGGGCCCGCAGGCCAUCGCCAAAGCCAUCAGCGAGACACUGGCCCUGGCACCCACGCCUGCCGCCACCAUCGUGCACUUCAAAGUCUCCGUGCAGGGAAUCACCUUGACGGACAACCAGAGAAAAUUGUUCUUCAGACGACAUUAUCCCCUCAGCACCGUCACCUACUGCGACCUGGACCCCCAGGAACGAAAAUGGACUAAAUCAGACGGCGGAGGUCCCGCAAAGCUCUUUGGCUUCGUAGCCAGGAAGCAGGGAAGCACAACGGACAACAUUUGUCACCUCUUCGCCGAGCAGGAUCCUGACCAGCCGGCUACUGCCAUCGUCAAUUUCGUGUCAAGGGUCAUGCUUGGCUCCGGCCAGAAGAGAUGAGCCGCUGGACACGGGUAGUUCUUGCCCUUGAAUUUUGGAGAAGGACUUGGAGUUGAUCCGAGAAGGAGCGCGAGGAAGUGCAUUGUGGGAGAGGGAAGUGAAUUGGGGGGAAAUGGUCUGAAUUGUGGAAGAAAAAAACCCUCACCCAAUUGUCACAAAGCAAAACUAAAGGAAGCGAUGUCAGCGCGUUUCCCAUCGCAGGGAAUGUGACCAGCGCAACGGCCAGGAGUCAGAGGAGUGGAACCGGGUUGGCUUUUGGAUCAGGAUCCCGGCGGGGAGUUUCAAGUGGCGAAUUCAUCCUGGGUCAUAGUGGGAACAUUCGCGGCCCUGCCAUUUGAAAACCAGCAACUCUGUUUGCAAAUGUCAGUCGUUUGUUUUAAAUAACCGUGGCUAACCGAUCGAACAAAAGGCAGGUCUGCAGGACCCCCCCUCUCCCCUCCCCAGGGCCUUACCCAUUGGAACAGCUUACCAAGGGCAGUGGUGGGCUUUCUCCAUCUCUGGCCAUUUUUAAAUCAAGAUGAUAUGUUUUGCUAAGAGAUCUGCUUUGGUUGAAGCAAGAAUGAAUUCUGGGCAGAUCUCUGCCCUGUGUUAUGCAGGAGGUCAGACUGGAUCUCAGUGGUCCAUUCUGGCCUUAUGACCUAUGUGCUGGAGCAGUGGUUUUCUACCAGUGCUUUGCAGACCCCGGGGGUGGGUGGGGGCCUGCAGACUAUGUCUAAGAUUUCCAAAAGGGUCUGCAUCCCCAUUUGAAAUUUUUUAGGGGUCCGCAAAUGAAAACAGGUUGAAAACCACUGUGCUCGAGUGAUCAGGCAGGAAAAAAAGGAUGGUCAAUAACCCUUUAACCUUCCCUUCUCUGAGGUCUGCAAUUCCUGUGUAUAUGAAGUGUGUGUGGGGAUGUCAUACAUGUACAUCCCAGCAGUGGGGUUUAUAUAAAGCCUGUAGCCCCCUAGCAACUCCCUUUGGUCUCUGUGCUGCACGCCACAGCCCAUCAGGAUUUCCUGGCAGCAGAACCUAGGCCACUUGAGCGGAAGGGGACGCACUGGUUAGCGGUAUAGGAUCUAUGACACACAAGUGCGCAGUUCUGAUUCCAUCUAGUACAGGACGGUGGUGACGCAUAAACACUAGGCAGUUCUUAUACACGCACCGAGUUGCAUACCAGUUUGCCCUUCACUAACUGCAUUCAGGAGCAUGCUUUCCAAAGAUCAUCUUCACCAGAAAGAUCUUCUGGCCUAUACAAUGGGGUCUGCAGUACCUGUCCUUUACCCUGUAUUUUCGCCUGCAGACUGUCACGUGUUCUCUUAAAGACAAACAUACUAGAAGCGGACACAGGUCUGGUCGAGCUUGGUCUCUUCUCCUUCUGUAGACGUACAAGUGAUUUGUUCAUUGCAUGGACAUUUGGUUGCGCGAAAGGCAAAUAAGUAUAAAGAAAACUCAGGCAUUUUUGGAGGCCACUAGAAGAAAAGACUCUGCAGUCUGUGGGCGGCUUUGGCUCUGCCGGAUUCUCUCAGCUGAUCCAAAAGCCAAGAGAUCUCAUGGCCGGAUUUGGUCCUCAGAUGCUCUGCCCUGUGGCGGCUUGGAGCGCUGAAUGUAUUGUAGUUUAGUAGCGACCCAGGAGGCGUAAGCUUUGCUUUGGCUUCAGGAGGCCAUAGGCCCUAGACCUUGCACUGAGAUGCUGACUCACAAGAGAGAUCAACCAGCCUUGCAAAUGGGAAUAGAUUAGGCCAAGUUCCCAGCCUUGCAAAUCCUGCAAUGAUCUCCUGUCUGCCUGGGCCUUUCCAUAGGGAACAAAAUGGUGUGGUAAAACCAUGCAUUACCCACAGAUACAAGGCUCUUGUCCUCUCCCUGACUCCACACGGGGUCCCGUGGGGCGAUCUGUCUUUAGUAUCUGGCUCCGUGUAGCUCGGGUGAGAUAGGAGCUCCCAGAGGAUAGUCCAGGCAGUUAAGAGAUGUUUCUCCUUCUCCCUGGGGAGUGGUUGUGUAGUUAGCCAGGUAAAAUUAUGCAGGUUUCUUCCUCUGACAGAGCUGAUAUUGGCCAAUCCCAGGAGGCAGUGUAGCAGAUUGGAUGGGCCAACGCGUUCUUCCCGUGUGGUAAAUCUUAGGGGUGUAUUUUUCUUUUUUUAAUGCUUAGUUCAAGCUAGAGCUGAGACCCAAGCUAUGAACAGCCCUGCCGCCUCCCCAAGCCCAAACACUCCCCAGUUCUGGGGGCAUUCCAAACCCAGAUCUCCAUGGAUCUACAGUUUGCACCCAGCUCUGGGGAACCCUAAAAAUUUGCAUUGACAGCCAAUCUCCCAAGCAUCUUUCUGGGGCUUUUGGAAAAUGCAGUAAGCAGCUUGAAUUGCUCAGAUAUGGUCAGAGGUGUUAGGGGAUGGGGGAAGCAGGAGAGAGAGGCCUUUCCUUGUUUGUGCCACAUUUCAGUGCAAGGUUAUGUGAUACAGGCUGUUAAUAAAACCAAAAACCACCCAAGAUCUGUAAACCAUCUAAAAUAUUGCAACCACCUGGAUUCCCCCAGAGCACUCUGCUCUCUCAUACAGAGACAGUGUCCUGAUAUAUAUAAUAUAUAUAUGAAAUAUACUGAAAAAUACUGUAAGCUAAUCAAAUUUUUAAAAAGGGUUAAAUUUACACAUAUUUAUUUUUUGCCAUAUUGCUUUAUGUGUAUCUUAUCUCCUCCAUUAUAUACGGCCCCCCACCCUGUCCACAUAUAGACUCCUGUACGUAUAACUCACAGUAGAGUGUAACAGGCGAAUGUGUUUUAUUUCGGUUAUACCAGUGACAUGGGCAAAAGAGCGCAGUGCCCCUUUAGACCCCGCCCCCCCAAGGAGCAGCGCGUAUGAUUGAUCCCCCACCCCUUUUCCCUGUUGAACAUGGAAAUUUGCUAGCGCCUGGAGCAAGUUAGCAUGUGAGGCGUGUGAGUUUGAAACCGUUGCCAAGUGACAUGAGGGUUGGCGGCGUGCGCGGAUGUGUGUGAGCGCGUGUGUGUGUGCGAGGGCCACAGCUGCGUGAGCAUGCGCAGGGCUCUUUCGUUUCUGGAUACCGGAUGAGGGUUAGAUUUGCGUCAGGGAGGUAUUGGGCGACCGGUACUGGGAUGGGGUGGGAGUGGUCACUUUAUGACGUCCGCCAGGGCCCCGUGUUCCAGCCCACCCUGCUGUAUAGGAUGUUGAGAUAUUUUUUAUUUUAAGUUGUUAAAAAGAAAUGCCCUUCUUCUGCAAAAUUCAGGCAAGAGGAACCCCUCACUUGUAACCGUCUCACCCUGCCAUUAACCGAUUAGACAAACACUGUGUUUAUAGAUAUUUAAAUAUAUAAAGGUAUAUUUUUUGAAAGUCUCUAUUUUUCAGACUUCAUUUUUCUCACAGCUAAAGCUAAUUUUAUUAUUUUUGUUUUAAUCUGCUGUCCUGCCCUGGGAAUUGGGGCUUGAGCAUUAAAUGCAUAUUUUUUCCCCAUAAAAUGAACCCAUAUUAAGGCAUCGAGCAAUCUCAUCUAUAAAACGAUCACAGCAGAUACCCGAUAAUGACAGAACACUUGCUUCCAGCUGUGGCUGGCAACGGCUCGUUGCUAACUCACCAGCUGAAGACAGAAGGUUUAGACUUUGUCAGAAUCUCUAACGCUAAAAUCACCAUUGAUUAUAUUUUUAACACAAAGCUAAUCAUCUUGCAAGUGACAUAGGCAAGCGUUUUCCAGCUUCCAUUUAAGACCUUUUUUUGAAAAAAAAAAUAGUUGCAUUUUAUGGGUAACUUCUUUCUGUCAUCCCUGAUUUCCCGAGCCAGACCAUCAGCUUGUGUAAAUCGGAGUAGUUCCACUGAUCUCUGUGAAACUACUAAGCUAGGCAAAAACCUGGCUUCACCGGCCAAGGUUUAUAUUUUUCUUUCCUAAAGGGUCUGAGAAGAUUCUUUGUGUUUUAAAAAUGCAGUCACAGUAUUUGAGAUUGAUGUUGAUGCAAUUUAUCCCAGCGGAUGUAUCCUAAUAAUCACACUGCCGUUUUUUUCAGCAGCAGAUGUUAUAUCUCUCACACACACGCAGACACUCACACCUACUCCAUGCACAAGGAACUGCAUAUAUUCUUGCCAAAGAUAUCCUUUAAAAUGCACUUUUCCCAGCCAGUUUUGUUUUGUUUUGUAAAUUGAUUGUAUGUGCUCUUUUCCCCUUCCCACCAAGAACCCCUUUGCUGGCGAUUUUGUUGUGUGCAUUAGUAAACUCUGAUUCCCGGAGCGCCCGGCUGAUGUUAAUUUUAUGUAAUUCUAUAUUCCAGUAGAGUCGGAGACUCUUAAAAUAGUUGACACAAGAUAUCCUGAUUUCUUUAGCCGCAGACUGAGUGAUGACAGCAGCAGGUCAGUCAAUUCUCGUCACGCCUCUCCUGGCCUUCCCUUCUCAAACCCCUUCUUCCUUAAAGAACCCCGGAGACCAAGCAACAUGCUGUAGUUGCUUGUGUCUGGUGGCAUUUCAAACAAACUGCUAUUUAUGUCUCCUCCAUAUCUUACUGCUCAAGAAACUCCCUCCCCAUCUCCCCCAGAAAGGGAAAUUGGAAUGUCUCUGGGCUUCUGAUCGAAAAGCUGUUAAAGUCAAGGGGUGUCUUCCCAUUGAUUGACGAGCUUUGGCCUGGUCUACAGUGGUGGGGGGGAGGGAGGAGAGAUACGCAACUUCAGGAAUUCAGCUGAAGUCGACGUAUCUUAUUUCGACUUACCUCCCGUCGACGCGGGAGCAGGAUCGACAGCCACGGCUCCCCCGUGGACUCCGCUACUGUCGCAAGCUCUGGUGGAGUUUCGGAGCUGACGGGAGUGCGUUUGGGGAUCGAUAUAUCGCGUCUAGAUGAGAGACGAUAUAUCAAUCCCCAGUAAAUCGAUAGCUACCUGCUGAUAAGGCGGGUAGUCUGGACAUUCCCUAAGAUUCAGAAUCUUAAAUAUACAAGCAUCCACUGAGUGCAUUGUCAUCCCUCACUACGAACGUCCUUUCAUGGGAUCCAAAUUGUGCCUAGCUCCCUAUUUACCACCUGGCUAACCAACACCCCCCCAAACUUCAGACAACUUUGGCUCUAUCCAGGGCGCGUCAUUGGCCAUCAUGGCGUUGAUCAGUACACCGGCCUUGAAUAACCCAGAAUCAAAACACUUGAGCUAGGCUUUGGGAUCUCUCCUGGAGCUCUGGUGAAGGUUGGUAUAAAAACAGAAUCAGUUUAAGACAGCGUCCAUUCCUGGAAUUGAACUGUUUCUGAGUUUCAGUAAAUUCAGAACCUUCCCCAGUGCAUCCAUGCCCUCUUCUCCCAUUCCCAUGCGGCCCUCUUUCCUGGCUGGGGCUGGGACCGGAGCUCUUCUCCCUGCAGAACCCAGCACAUUCUUGUGAGGUUCCCAUGUCCAGUUUCUCAGCUUACCAAGGCUUGGGCAAAGGAAUUGAACUGUUGGGAACUUAUCGGAACCAGAUGAGUUUAGAGAUUUGCCCUGCACUCGUUGGUGUCUUUUUACUCUGUUCCUUCCCUGCUCCCAACUCUGGUAAUGCAAACAGGAACUGCACACAUACAACAAGAGAAGUCAACAUAACACAAGCCUCAUACCUUCCCCCCAUUCAUCAACAUAAUGGAGCCACAUUUGGCACUGACUCACGGCCCCCUCCCUCCUCCCGUAAAAAUGAACUGCCCCAAACUAGAGGUCAGAGCAGUCAAUUUGGAUCCUGAGUCACCUGAAUCUGCAUGUCUUUGUUUUCCCAUCUACAAUAUGGACACAACACCUUCCCCCAUACCGGGGUUUGGGGCUGAUCUUGCGCUCACUGAAAUCAAGGGCAAAACUCCCAUUGGCUCUACUGGUGCAGAUCCUCAAUCCUUGAGGUGAAUGUUUGGAAAGCACCCGGAGUGCUUCCUUUAAAAGGCACUGCAGGGGUGCAAAGUAUUAUUUAAACAAACCCUCAGCCUCAUAAAUAAUCCAGCUGUUAAAAACCUGCUAGUCAAACUGACAGGAAAAUCGUGCAGCAAAGUGGGCUGGUAUUUUUUGUUUUGCUAACUCGGUUGUUUUUUUGUUUUUUUUUUUUAAAUCACUUUUUUUUUUCAAUAUUUCAUUUGCUGUUGUGUUGCCACUGUUGUCGAUUUGGGAAUGUUACAAAUGUAUUUGCUGAUCAGUGUUAACGAACAGUUUAAAAUAACUUGCCUUCAGUUUGCAUCAUGUCAAGUUUGUUUUAAAAAAAUGUAUGAAACACAAAGGAGGAAAAAGCGAAUUUCCCAGUUCGGUGUAUUUAUAGCGAUGGAAAUAUACUUUAUAUUUUUCAUCUUUGUGCCCAUAACUUUGUCACUUGUAUAAAGGCGACCUAUGUUACUCAUUGUCCAUGUGUGAAUGUGCACUACACCCCUCCCCUAGCCGUUUUUCCUCUCCUUUGUACAGAGGGCUGAUUCUUUGCAGUUCAUUGUAUGGCUUUAUAAGCGAUAAAAGAAUCAAUUAUAUAUAAUAUACUGUUGCUUGGAAUGCCAGCUCGGGGUGUGGAUCGCUGGAAUUGUAUCUCAAAAUUUAAGGGAGUGCAGGAAUAAAUGCUCUGUUCUUUUUGCACAGGGAAAUCUAUAUGGUGA